AGCAAUCAUCCAUGUCAUCCCGAAGCUGCACCAGAAUUUUGCGUUAGAGCGAGGAGCAUGAGUCGCAUAGAGGCAACUGAAAUGUUAAUUUGAAACUGUGGGGUCAACUCAGCCUCUGGCAUGAAUUCGCUGGCCUCUUGUUUUAGGGAAGGUGUAUAUAUGGGGAAGAGCAAGAGAAAAUCAUUUGAAGGCAUUGAAAUGAAAAGUCAUUCUCUCUUCACCUUCUUGUACUCUUUUAUGGUCUUUCUUUCGGUGCUAGGCUUGUCAGAUGCAGGUGACUCGUUAGGUUCAGGCCAGUCCAUUAUUGAUGGAGAGACACUUGUUUCCUCAGGGCAAAGCUUUGAGCUCGGCUUCUUCUCUCCGGGCAACUCCAAGAACAGUUUCUUGGGGAUAUGGUACAAGAUCACUCCCGAGACAGUCGUGUGGGUUGCCAACAGGAACAACCCGCUUGCCGAUUCAAAUGGUACUCUUACAAUUACUAAUGAUGGAGCACUUGUUCUUCUCAACCAGUCAAAGAGUGUCGUUUGGUCUUCAAAUUCCUCGGGGACACUUACCAAUCCGGUUGCUCAGCUUUUGAACUCGGGAAAUCUCGUUCUUAGAGAGAAUAGCAGUUCAAGUUCUGAUGAAUAUUCAUGGCAGAGUUUCGAUUACCCAUCUGACACACUAUUGGCUGGUAUGAACAUGGGGUUGAACUUGGCAACUGGUUUAGAGACGUACCUGACUUCCUGGAGAAGCGCAGAUGAUCCGUCCCCUGGAGACUAUAUGUACAGACUAAACAUUCAGGGGUUGCCACAAUGGGAAUUAGUCUCGACAAGUUCGGUAAUAAAGUUUCGGACAGGACCGUGGAAUGGAGCUCAAUUCAGUGGUGCUUCCAUGGAAGUAACUUCAGUCUCCAAGCCUGAACUAAUUUACAACAUGAGCGAGAUAUAUUUCAUUUAUGAGCCUCCAUCAGAUGGAGUCGUUACAAGAGUCACGUUAAACCAGUCUGGAUUACUACAACGACUCGUGUAUAUGAAUUGGAGCACUGCAUGGGAUAUUAUGUACUCAAUUCCAAAUGAUUUAUGUGACAAUUAUGCGAAGUGUGGUGCCAAUGGUUUCUGCAGAAUUCACCAGGCUCCGAUAUGCAAAUGCUUACAUGGGUACACGCCCAAGUCGCAGGAGGAAUGGGACGUGCUUAACUGGUCUUCGGGCUGUGUGAGAAUACUACCCCUUAAUUGUUCAAAUGGAGAGGGCUUCUUGAAACUUUCUGGGGUGAAGCUGCCUGACCUGAUAGAUUUCUGGUUAGACAAGAACAUGAGCCUCAAUGAUUGCAAGGCCGAGUGCUUGAAGAAUUGUUCAUGUGUAGCUUAUGCUAAUUCAGAUGUUACAGGAGGAGGUAGUGGCUGCCUAAUGUGGUUUGGCAACCUAAUCGAUAUUAGAGAAUUUCAAGUUCACUACAAGCAGGAUAUAUUCAUACGACUACCAGCUUCUGAACUAGAUGCAAUCCAAAGUCCCAACAAGAAGAAAAGAUUGAUCAUCAUAGGGAUUCCAGCCAUUUCGGGAUUGUUCAUUCUGGCCGUGGCAAUUUGGGUUAUUUACAGGAGGAGAAGACUGAAGGGGAGAGGUUGGAGAAGUGGAAAAGAUGACUUUGACUUGCCGUCAUAUGAUUUUGCUACGAUCGCUGCUGCUACUGACAAUUUCUCUAGGAGGAAUAUGAUUGGAGAGGGUGGCUUUGGCCCUGUCUUCAAGGGCAAUCUUUCGGUGGAUCAAGAAAUAGCAGUAAAGAGGCUGUCAAAGAAUUCGGGACAAGGUCUUGAAGAGUUUAUGAAUGAAGUAGCUCUGAUUGCAAAACUUCAGCACAGGAAUCUCGUAGGACUGGUGGGCUGCUGCACCGACAGAGAGGAAAGAAUUUUAAUUUACGAAUUUAUGCCUAAUGGAAGCUUAGAUCGUUUCAUUUUUGAUCAGGAUAAAAGCUUCUCGUUGGCUUGGAAAAAAAGAUUUGACAUUGUUAUGGGAAUUGCACGAGGACUUCUGUAUCUCCACCAAGAUUCAAAACUUCAAAUUAUUCACAGAGACUUAAAGGCGAGCAACAUUUUGCUAGAUGCCAACCUAAAUCCUAAAAUCUCAGACUUUGGCUUGGCUAGGAUCUUCGGUGGUGAUGAAAAUGAAGCAAAAACUAGCAGAGUGAUAGGAACCUACGGCUAUAUGUCCCCAGAGUAUGCUUUCGAUGGGAAGUUUUCCGUGAAAUCCGAUGUGUUUGGCUUUGGAGUGCUCUUAUUAGAGAUUAUAAGCGGCAAAAAGAAUAGAGGGUUCUGCCAUCCGAACCACCACCACAACCUUCUUGGGCACGCAUGGUUGCUUUGGACCCAAGGCCGGCCCUUGGAAAUUCUCAACGAAUCAUUGUGCGACUCUGCCGUCAAGUCUCAAGUAGAAAGAUGCAUCCACGUCGGGUUGUUGUGCGUCCAAAAGUUUCCUGCAGACAGGCCAGCCAUGUCAACGGUCGCUUCCAUGCUGGGAAGCGAAGGAAUGGUUCUGCCUCAACCUAAGCAGCCAGGUUUCUUCAUGGAAAGAAGCCCGGAAAACGCAAGUCCAGCUUCAACAAUGGAAGAUUAUUAUACAAAUUGUGCGGUGACAAUCACAAUGCCAGCACCCAGAGCCGAGUCGAGCUUCCACGACUUCUUGCCCACCAUGGCCCACAAGCUGGGCGGCGAGGGCCUGAUCGGGGAGCUGUGUAAUGGGUUCAACCUCUUGGUGGACGGCGACCGAGGGGUCAUCACGUUCGACAGCCUCAAGAGGAACUCCGCCCUCCUGGGGCUGCAGGACUUGAGCGACGACGACCUGCGCUGCAUGCUGAGGGAAGGCGACUUCGACGGCGACGGCGCGCUCAACCAGAUGGAGUUCUGCGUCUUGAUGUUCAGAUUAAGCCCCGAGCUGAUGGAGGAGUCGGAGUUCUUGUUGGAAGAGGCCCUCCGGAAGGAAGCCACGCACAUGGACAUCCUCUGUCUUCUGCUUUUCACAGAAAGCUUGAUCUGGUUCUCGGGAUUCUCGGUUGCAGUUGACACAGUAAAUGCAUCUCAAUCAAUCAGUGAUGGGGAGACACUAGUUUCGAGUGAUGGAACCUUCGAAUUGGGAUUUUUCAGUCCAGGUAAUCUCACGGAUCGGUACUUGGGAAUUUGGUAUAAGAAUGUCCCUGUAAAAACCGUUGUCUGGGUUGCAAACAGAAGCAACCCAAUCAAUGACUCUUCAGGCACUUUGAUGGUUGUCAGCACAGGCAAGCUGGUCCUCCUCAGCCAGAAUAAGAGCGUCGUUUGGUCAACUGACUCUACGAAACAGGCCCAGACUCCAGUUUUACAGCUCUUGGAUAGUGGAAAUCUUGUGCUGAGAGACGACGGAAAUGACAGUCCGGAUACUUAUUUAUGGCAAAGCUUUGAUUACCCAUCUGACACAUUUUUGCCGAACAUGAAGAUUGGAUGGGAUGCAAAUAGCGGUCUAGAACGGCACUUAACUUCUUGGAAGAGUCUUGAUGACCCGUCUCCUGGAGAUUUCACUUGGGGGUUGGAGAGAAGUAACUACCCUGAGCUUGUAGCAUGGAAGGGAUCAACUAAGUACUUCAGAAGUGGACCUUGGAAUGGACUCCGUUUCAGCGGCGCACCACAGUCAGGAGCUAAUCCUGUCUUUUCAUAUAAGUUCAUAUACAAUGGAACUGAGGUGUACCAUACAUUCGAUGUGGAGAACAAAUCGGAGCUCGUUAGGAUUGUUGUGAAUCAAACUAACUAUCUAUGGGAACUCUCCACUUGGAAUGAAGAUUCUCAAAGCUGGAUGCUCUUCCUUUCAGUUCCAAAGGACUAUUGUGACAAUUACGGCCUUUGUGGUGCCUAUAGCAAAUGCUUGACCGAUAAGUUGCCGUAUUGCCAGUGCCUGAAAGGAUUUUCGCCUAAGUAUCCGGACAAGUGGAACUCAAACGAUUGGUCACAAGGAUGUGCCAGGGAUGAGCUUUUGAGUUGCAAUGAUGGUGAUGGAUUUAUCAAAAAUACUCAGAUGAAAUUGCCAGCUACAACACAUACUUGGGUGGAUGGCAGCUUAAGCCUCAAGGACUGCAGAACGAGAUGCUUAAAGAACUGUUCAUGUACAGCGUACACAAAUUCAGAUAUCAGAGGGAAAGGCAGCGGUUGUGUGUUGUGGUUUGGUGAUCUUAUUGAUAUGAGACAGUUUCCAAGUGGCGGCCAAGACAUAUACAUUCGGAUGUCAGCUUCUGAAAUAGGGAACAGUAACCGCAAACUGUUGAUAACUGCUAUUGUCAUACCAGCAAUUGGAUUACUUGCUGCCAUGCUCACGGCCCUCUAUUGUGUUUUCAGGAGCAGGAUGAACUCUGGAGAGAGAACCGAAAAUGUGACAGAAGUUUUAGUGAAUGAAGGCACCGAGGAUGACCUGGAGCUCCCACUCUUUGAUCUAAUUACACUUGCAAAAUGCACAAACAAUUUUUCAAUCGAAAACAAGCUCGGUGAAGGUGGUUUUGGACCCGUAUAUAAGGGUACACUGGUAGAUGGACGACAAAUUGCUGUGAAGAGACUUUCAACUAUCUCUCGACAAGGAUUGAAGGAGUUCAAGAAUGAAGUCACAUUGAUUGCACGACUCCAGCACCGAAAUCUAGUAAAGCUUCUUGGUUGUUGCAUUCAGGGAGAAGAAAAAAUGCUUAUCUAUGAGUACAUGGAAAACAGAAGUUUGGACGCCUUUAUCUUUGAUCCGGCUAGAGGUAGACUAUUGGAUUGGAGUAAGCGGUUCCACAUUAUCUGCGGUGUUGCAAGGGGCCUUCUUUAUCUUCAUCAAGAUUCAAGAUUGAGGAUUAUUCAUAGAGAUCUAAAAGCAAGUAAUGUCUUACUUGAUGCUGAGAUGAACCCAAAAAUUUCAGAUUUUGGCCUGGCUAGAAUGUUUGGUGGGGAUCAAACAGAAGGGAAUACAAGUAGAGUGGCGGGCACCUAUGGCUAUAUGGCACCUGAAUAUGCAAUCGACGGGCUGUUCUCAGUUAAAUCAGAUGUCUUCAGUUAUGGCAUUUUGGUCCUAGAGAUUAUAAGUGGAAAAAGAAACAGAGGAUUAUAUCAUUCGGAGAGCAACCUCAUUGGACAUGCCUGGGAAUUGUACAAAGCAGGCAGAUCGAUCGAACUAAUUGAUAUGGACUCGGUAGAUACAUGCACUCUAUCUGAAGUGUUGCGGUGCAUUCAUAUUGCUCUGCUGUGUCUGCAAGAGCAUCCUGAGGAUAGGCCAACGAUGUCACAUAUCCUGAUGAUGUUCAGCAGUGAGAAUACACUGCCUGUGCCCAAACAACCAGGUUUCCUCAUAGACAGAUAUCCACGUAAAGAAAGUUCCUCAUCCAGCAAGGUUGAAUCGUUGUCAGCGAAUGAAAUUGAGUUUUGGGAUAAUAGCAAUUCUAAGCAUUACACUGAACCGUCCCCGAAAUUCUUUCGACAGCAGUAGGGGGAAGCAGUUCAUGCUGAACCAGAAAGGCCACAGGAUUUGUUCUCUUGAUUCGAAGGUGGAGGGAGUGAAUGUUUCUUUUCUCGGAAGCGAAUCUCUAGCGACCAGGUUUCCUGGUAGACAGAAAUCAGCAUAGAGAAAAUCCCUCAUCCAGCAAGCAUAAAUCAUCAUCAGUUAAUGUAGUUACUUUUACACUUAUUGAGGCUCGAUUGAAGAUCCAGCAACUUUGUACAUGUAAUCCGUCACUAGGAAACUUUUUGCUUAGCCAUUUCAUUGUUAGUGAGCCUUUGAGAUUCACUGCAGAAGAUGUCACUUUA